CGGCAGCUUUCCGUCAUGGGAUUUCCUGAGAAGUAGCCUCACGCCCUUGUGUGGAGAAUGGUCACUCAGACCACAUCUGCACCACCAUCAACACCGUCACAAUUAGGUCGUGACAAAUUUGUCUAUUGCAGACAAUUCCAUCGCAAACAAUGAUGGCUCUUCUGGUACUACACUUAACUGCAACAUCUAUUUCACUGCUGCUUGUUCUGCUGGUGGUUCCAGCCAACCAAAGUAACCAGAAUCUUUUAUUGCAAGAAAUAACUUACAUUCAAAAUCAGCAGCAAAUGAAUUCUAAAAAUUCAGAAAACACAACUAACAGCUACAAAACAAAUAUCCUUAAUAAUGAAACUUUGUCUUCGGUGAAAGAAAAUCCGAGCAAUACUGCAACCUCAACGCGUUUAGCUCAUGUUAACUUCACUGAUAAUAAUCAUCAAUACAAAGAGAAAGAUUAUACUGAAAACUUUCCUGACCAAUAUGGCUCUGAUCUAAAGGACUCCUAUGAAGAUAAGAACACUGAAAAUGAGCUUUUGCUUUCACCUUCAGGCUUUAUGAAUCUAUGUGAUCAUCCUCCUACAAAAUUUUCUUCAGAGUUUCUGACUCAUUCUGAGGAAGUAUGUGUGGGUCAAGAAACUCAGUAUAUGAAAGUAGAUUCAACAUUAACUUUGUGUAAUUAUAUUUAUGCAAGUAUUUAUAAACGGUACCCAUUAUAUACUUUGAAAACCAUUGGAAAUUAUACAGGACUGAAAUGUUUUAUUGAUGAGGACUUCAUUGCAAUGUGUUUACCUUUUUUUCAAAGGUUCAAUCAUUGUGAGAAAAAAAAGCUUAUGACUUUGUGCCUAAAUGAAGGUGUAAUUUUCUUUCAAUUUUCUGUAUGUCAGCAGCCUUCAGUCAUGGACAAGUUUUUCAUACCUCUUUUGGUAGAUUCGUUAAUAGAAAAUGAUGAAUUCUGCUUUAACCAUAUUUGCGAUGGAACAUUUCGAGUUGUUGAUUCAAAAGUGAACGGAAUACCCUUUCGGCUCAUUAAAUUAAAUCUGGGACUUCCAGAAAGAGGGAAAAAUUGUGAUUAUUUAUUUGAUUCUUUCUCAAACUGGAAACAUUACAAUGAAACUAUAUAUGUAGAUGCAAACAUUUACUUUCCAUGUUGCUAUUCAAUGUACACAAUACUUUGGGUGGGUAAACCAGAAGAACAUGGGCUGAAUAGUUUCUGGGAUUUCUUGCCACAGUCUUGCCAUGUAUGUGAAUUUCUACUCAUCUCAGCAGCUCUAUGUAUUGGCAUAAGUGGGGUCCUAGGAAAUAUGAUAGUAGUGGUAGUGAUGUUUUGUGGUAGACACAGAUGGGAGGAGUCCAGCAUGGUUCGUACAUCAUUAGCUCUUGCCGAUCUUUUUAUUUGCAUCUUUGUCGCGAUUCCCUCUGUCGCUUACCAAAUAUCCUUAAUCACAGGAGAUAUUACCUCAACAGAAUAUUCCUGGGAAGAGCAUUCUUAUUAUAAUUAUUCUGAAUUACCAGACAUUAACCAUUACGUUCUACAGGUUGUGGAUGGUGGAUAUAGAUUAUUUCAGUCUUUUGUAUUGAGCUGUUGUUCAAUAGUCUCUCUGAUUUCUAUCUUGCUGCUAAGCAUGGAGAGGUUUAUUAUAACCAGCCGAAGUCUCCAGUACAAUGCUUAUUUCUCCGUUUUCCGGGUGAAGAUUGUCAUUAUCCUUACAUGGGUUAUGUCCUUUCUUGACACUUUGCAAUUUAUUUAUGAUGGCAAUGGACAUUUUCGUGCUAUGUGGUCAACCAUUACUAAGCUUCCAGUUGGAUUAUCAGAAAAAGUGUCUGACAUUACCCAUUGGUCAUUAUAUUUACGUUUGAUAUUUCUAUGUUUAACAUGUGUAUCUACUUUCAUCUUUUCAAGUUUAGCCAUCAUUAACUUUAUACAUGAACAAAAAAGAAUAAGAGCCGAGUGGAUGUGUUUAAAUAUGAGAGUCUGGGGCACAUUAGAGAGAGAAAAUAAGCGGAUUAUGGUUACAAUGAUACUUAUUAUGCUUCUUUUCUCAUUAUCAGUUUUACCGCUGGGUAUUAAUAUAUUUUUCAACAUCAUUGAUUAUGAUUUUUACUGGUUUAAUCUGUUUAAUUACAUAUCUUGGUGGUUAUUUUUGGCCGGAAGUGCCUGGAACCCAUGGAUCUACAAUAUGCGUAGUUCUCAGUUCAAGAGUGAUAUGAUUAGAACCUUCAGGUCCAUAACCAAAUUUUCGAAAAAAAAAAGAUGAAGUGCCAUGCCUACACUUGACUUUUCAACUUUGUUUACUGAAGGUUGAGAAUGCUUCACAGAUGCUUUGGCCUAAAAAUCAAGUAAUGAUUUAAAAUCUUUAUAAUUUUCUAGCACAGUAGUACUACUACUCAUAUGCAAGGGAAAAGUUAACAAAGUACAAAUGCAACCUAUCAUUAUCAUCCACAAAAGAAAAAUUAAUGAGUGCUGAAUGCAAAGGAAAAUACCUGUAUAUUGAUUGAAAUUUAAGUUUACUUAUGAUAAUGAAGUUUCAUUAUUUGCAACCAAGUCAUUUAUAGGACAUUUCAUAUAUAAUAAAAAGAGGAAAGAUUUCCUCAAGCACUGGAGCUACUUUAAAUUUCCUCAAAUUUUAAUGCAAGUGUGUCUUGAAUGUAAAUCAUAAAACAGUCAAGUUGUUUUAUACUUAAAUUUUAACCUACUGUUCAGUACACAAUCAAAAUAUAUGACUUCAUAUUAUCAUCUAAAUAGUGAUUAAAAAUUGUGUAGGUUCACCCUUCUAGAGUAGAGAGGGAAAGAGAGAGAUGCAUUUUAUCCCAAACUGUUAUGACAAUAUUUUCACCCAAAAAAUAGGUUUGAGUUUACAAUAGGAGAUUGAAGGUAUGUACCUCUGAUAUUCACAGUGUUCUCUGAGCUAAUGGCAUCCCUACUUUUCACUGGGAUUAUUCUGCAUUUCCUGCCAUCUCUCUCACUCAAGUAUACUGUAAUUUUGUUUUGCAGUUUGGAACUAGACCUUCCAGUAUUUUUCACAGCACAUUACCAGAUAAUUAUCGUCUCUAUUCCAUGGAAUACAAUUCGAGUGCUUUAUGGUAGUCCCAGUAGUUUAAAAAUUUGACUGUUUCAGUAUGAAAAGUAAAUGGUAUUUGCAUAUCCCUUACCUUCGUGGUCUCGCCUACCUUGAAAUAGGACGUAAAGAUUGAGCCAUAUUUAAUUUGAGUGCUUUUAAAAGUAUCAUCACUAUAGUAGCAUCCCUUGCUUUUUACCUUUUCAUUAUCCACCCAGUUAAUUUCCUGAUUGAUGCAAUGUUUGCUUUGUUGUGGGCACUAAAUGUUAGAUCUUGAUAUUAUUAUUUCAAAUUCUUUUACUAGGUUGCUGCAUUGUGUAUGUAAAUCUGACCGAGUUUUGUAUCCUAUAGUCCUUUUAAGGUUUAAAUCUUUCUCCUGUAUCAACUAAAUUUGAAUUUUUCAACAUGGAAUAUAUCAUACUGUUUUAUGUUGCCCCAUGGAACACUGUUGAUAUUGUAUUGAAAUUUUUCUGUGGCUUACAGCGAAGCAAUUUCCAUAUUUAUUUUGGUGUCAUCGGCAAGGAGUGGAAUGAAAUUGUGUAUUAGAAAAAUUCUUCUUGUCUAUGUCCUCCUUGAAGACGAGAGAGUAACAGUGCAAGGACCAUACCGUGUGGGCUCUUGGUUCUUACUGUAUUCAGAAUAGUUUAUAUCGGAUUUAUUACUACUAUUUGCAUUCUAUUUACUUAGAAUACUUAACAAUAAAGUAGGUAGAAAAAUGUUUUCAUUUUAUGGGCAAAUAUUCCAUGGUCAUUUUAUUAAAUGCUUUUGUAAAAUCAGUGUAGAUGAAUUUUGCAGUUUAGUCCUUUUCAAAUGCAUCUAAUUUUAUAGUAAUGAUCAAAUAAUUGUAAAGCACAUGAACUUAUUGCUUUAAAACUGUGUUGAACGUGGUUAGGUUUUUUUUUUUACCCUUAAACUGGCAAACUGGCUUCUUAACCACCCUAUAAAAGACCUUAAUUAUGUACGAUGUUAAAGCAAAAAUCACCUAGUGGGGCUAUGUCCGCAGUUUUAGGGUUUACGUGAUGUUGCAUCUUCCCAGUCUUUUCUUCCAUAUUAUAGUGUGUGCCUGUAUCAUUGAUUUGUGCACUUUCUUUUCAAUGUCUGUGAAGUUUGCUGUAACAUCUGACAUAAGCCUUGCUGUGUGAGCCCAGUUUAUGAAAAUCUUCUCAGUCUCCUAAUUUUACCAUGUCUAUUGCAUUACUGAACAUGAAUUCUUGUUAUUCUUUGAUAGUUUGAAGGAAGAGCAAUAGCAAAUUUUUGGUGAUACCACAUGAGAUGAUAUUUACUUCUGCCACCAAUCAAUGGCAGCACCUACUGGGUCUAUAGGGCCUACUACAUUUUUAAUAGUCAGCAGACCUGGUCAAAUAUUACAUCAUUUGGAAUUUUUUCUAAGCAUACUGAAGUGUUGAAUCAUCCCAUUUUAAGUAUUUUUCUUAGUGCAGUCAAAGAGUUAGUGUGUGUGAAAUAUAUAAACGCAUACAUACAAAAAUGCUUUCUGUUGCAUGUGGGUUAUAAUGGCAUUCUUGAACCCUGACCAUGACUUUGUGAGUAUGGAAGGAGAAUUUGCAUGUUUGCAUUCUCUAUUAUUUUGACAAGGAGACUUUUUGUACUAUUUUUCCAAAUCCUACCAUAUAAUUUUCUAUAACAUCUAUAGAAUAAAAAUAAAAAAUUUGCACACUGA